CAAAAAUAAAUAGAUUAGUAAAUAAAUUAAUAACCAAAUUAAAAAAAUGACAAAGUUAAUUUCAGUUUUAAAUGGUACAGGUUUUCAGGGUAGAUCAGUAGUAAAAGAGUUAAUAAAAGAUGGAUUUAAAGUUAAAACAUUUACAAGAAAUUUAAAUUCAAAUGUAUCAAAGGAAUUAAAAGGAUUAGGUGCCGAAGUUAUUGAAUAUGACUUUGAAGGGAAAUCAAAAGAGGAAAUUGCGCAGGUAUUAGAGGGUAGUUAUGGGGUAUAUUUAGUUACUCUAACACCAUACACCAAAAAUGAAGUUGAAUAUGGUGUAAAUGUUGCAGAUGCUUCUUUAUUGGCUGGCACAGUCAAGCAUAUUGUGUUUUCAACACUUCCAAACGCAAUGGAAAUUACAGGUGGUAAAGCUAGGUUACCAGAUUACGAAAACAAAUGUGAAAUUGAAAAGCAUAUUAGACAAAUAUCAAAACAAAGCAAUGAUCAAUUUGUAUCAUCAUUUGUUUCAGCCCCGAUGUAUCAUCAAAAUUUUCAAACUUAUUACCCACCAGUUAAAACCCAAGGUGACAGCGAUUCAUAUUCGAUUACACUACCAGGUAAACCAGAUCUCAAGCUUGAUUAUGGCGAUAUUAAUGACAUUGGAAAGAUUGUAAGUGAACAAUUUAAAAAUCCAGCAAAGUAUUCAGGUAUCAUAGUCCCAUUUUCUUCAGACGAAUUAACAGGUGACCAAGUUGCAGAAAUAUUUUCAAAAGUAACCGGUAAAAAAGUUGUUUACAAUUCUAUUUCAACUGCCGAAUAUAGUAAAUCAAAUAAUUUAGAAGCAGGUGCAUAUGCCGAUAUGUUUGACUAUUAUAACGAAUUUUCAUACUUUCCAAGUAGUUUUGAUAAAACAUUUGCAAAAAAUAUUACAAAAUUAACAAAUUUAGAAGAGUUUUUAAGAAACAUUAAUUUUAAAUUGGAAUAAAUGAAGAAUGUAUUAAAUACCACAUUUAUUAUUUUUAUAUUAUAUCUAUAAAAUAAAAUAUAAUAAACAAAAUAAAAUACAAAACCAUGAUAUUUUUAAAAUU